AACGAGUCGUGCAAGCAACCGCCCGGAUGAAAAACGCGAGCUUGAAAUAGAAGUUCAAGCUGUUCCCACCCGAUCCAGAAUUCGUUUGAUCGGUGCAGGGAAGCUUCUCGUUCACAAAUUUGGUUGGUAAAGUUUCUAGCCUAACCUCACCUCACCUCAUAAACCUUUUGAGCUGAAUUCCAGUUGUUUUGUUUGAGUUUGUUGCCUCUGAAUUUUUCUUUCUGGGUCUACUCUGGUUUGAGCUUCUUGCUGUUGGCUUGGGGCAUCUGGAGAACCUCAGAAGCUGGCAUAAAAUCUUUCCGAGCAUGGAAGUUGUUCUCUAUAGCACUACCCCUCGGUGUCAUUCGGUAAACUUGAGGUGGCAACUGGUUCAUGGAGGCUCAAAUUCAUGCCAAUCAGAGAUUCAUCCUUGUAGAACGCCUAGAAUUUCACUUCCUAAGCUGCAUCACCGAGGUGUGUUUUCGACAUCUUCUAAUCAGUUUGUAGGACCCCAAGGUUAUCACAGGGAAAAGGCUAGGUCACUCACUACUUUUGGCGGGUCAAACAAGGCUAAUUCAGAACUUCUGAGUGGAAGGACCAGUAGUUAUGUGGCUGGAGAGGAUGAACUGGGUAGCAUUUCAGCAAGUCAAGAAUCAGUGGGUAAAGUCUUGAUCCCGGGUUUGCCAGAUGAACCUAAUGGUGCUUCAAUUAGUAGUUGCAUUUGGGAAUGGAAACCUAAACUGAAUGUGCAUUACGAGAGAGCUGGUUCUGAGAAUCUGGAAUCGCCCCAAGUGCUCUUUCUUCCUGGUUUUGGUGUGGGUUCCUUCCAUUAUGAGAAGCAAUUGAAGGAUUUGGGUCGCCAGUACAGGGUCUGGGCUCUUGAUUUCCUGGGGCAGGGAUUGUCACUGCCUGUAGAGAAUCCCACGUCACUCUUGGGGGAAGACGACUCUUCUGUAACGAAGGAUUCCAUGUGGGGAUUCGGAGAUGAAGCUGAACCCUGGGCCAGUGAGCUUGUUUAUUCUAUAGAUCUGUGGCGGGAUCAGGUUCGCUAUUUCGUGGAAGAGGUAAUUUAGUACUUCUCAUUGCUCAUCCCAACCUGUGCCAACCAGUGGUUUCCCCUUUCUUUCUCAUCUAAUGCUGCUUAAGGAUUAUGGAAUUGUUUCUGGAGAUAUGACGUACAAUGUGAUUCAUACACGGGGAAACGCAAUACUUCAACAGAAUCGCUCCAUGGCUGCUGUUCCGCCAGAUCCAUUUUAUAUGUUUCAGUCGAAGUACCCUUUGCUUAUAAUAAUGUGGACCUUUAGUUACCUGUCCCUGGUCAAUCUGUUUCAGGUAAUUGGUGAACCUGUUUAUGUUGUGGGAAACUCGUUAGGAGGAUAUGUUGCCCUAUACUUUUCUGCAACACACCCUGAGUUGGUGAAGGGUGUGACAUUGCUUAAUGCUACUCCUUUUUGGGGAUUCUUACCAAAUCCUAUUGCUUCUCCACGAUUAGCAAGGGUGAUUCCAUGGUCUGGCACGUUUCCUCUGCCUGCAAGGGUGAAAAGGAUUAUGGAGUUCUUAUGGCAGAAAAUAAGCGAUCCAAGAAGUAUUGCGGAGAUACUUAAACAAGUUUAUGCUGAUCAUUCAACUGAUGUUGACAAUGUAUUUUCACAUAUCGUUGAGGUAACUGAACAUCCUGCAGCUGCUGCAGCAUUUACCUCGAUUAUGUUUGCUCCUCGGGGAGAAUUAUCCUUCAUGGAGGCACUAGCUAGAAGCAGAAUGAGUAAUGUGCCCAUCUGUCUAGUGUAUGGAAGAGAAGAUCCUUGGGUGAAGCCUAUCUGGGGCCUUCUUGUGAAACGGCAGGUUCCUGAAGCUCCAUACUAUGAGAUUAGCCCAGCCGGCCACUGCCCACACGACGAAGUUCCUGAGGUUGUGAACUACUUACUACGGGGAUGGAUAAAGAACCUGGAAUCAAGUGGUUCAUUUGCUUUGCCUCUGCUUGAUGACGGACAAACUGUCCAGACCAACACUGCCAAACGAUUGGAGUUUGCGAGAAAAGGAUCAAAGAAAUCGGUAACGGUGCAGUUUGUCGGCUCUGGGCUCACCUUCUGGGAACAAAUGAAGUUUCAUAUAACAUCUCGACUUGGGAAGUUGAAACUAAUAUAAUGAGAGAAACCAGUUGUAUUAAUAUAAUUAUGUAGAUUAUAGAAUCAUGUACGAGAAGAAAAAUGUAUAGAUUGUAGAAAUUGUUAGAAUUAAACUUUAGCUUAUGUAAUUUUCUGGAAUCUCAUCUUGCUAGAUUAUCAAAGGGAAAUAGAAAUACCUGGAUCCGUGUCGAUUGAUCGCCAAGAACUUGAUACGGAAUUUGAAAGAUGAUCUGGAACUCGAUGAAACUCCUAGAGCACGAUCCAGGAGGUACUGUGAUCUUCCUCAACCAAGUCUCCAUAGUUCCUUUACGGGAGAGCUCUCGUCUUCUUGAUGGGGAGAAAACAAGAAUAUGUUUUGGUCUUGAUGUCUCGGGUACCAAAAAUUUUAGCACCUUUAAAUACAAGUUUCACAUGGG